AUGACAUUUGAUAUAAGCUUAUUGGAGCCUAACGAAGUUUGCAUAAACUUGAAAUUGCUUAAGCGAUUUUGUUUUUUUCAUCUAUGUGAUCCAAAGAGCAAAACACUUUUCAAUUUAAAUGUUUACCAUAUAGCUUAUUACAUCAUAAAUUGCGUCAUUGGUUGUAUAGUAAUUUAUGGAUUAAUGGGUUAUGUUACUGAGAAGGAAAAUGCAUUUAAUAUUGCUAACGAUAUACAGAUAAUGUUUGUUUGCAUAUUAUAUUAUAGGUGUUUAAUUAUAAUAUUUACAUUAAUUUAUAAUGCAAAUAACAUUUGGAUUUUACUCAAUGUAAUUAAAAUGCAUUUUUUGACGAGCACACAGUGUCAAAAACAUAUUGGAAUUCUCCAAAAACAUCGCAAAAAAUCAUUAAAAAUUACAAAUUACAUAAGUUUUUUAACAAUUAUAUCUGUUAAUUUAUGGAUCUUGUAUCCUCUAGUGCUGAUGUUAUUACAAAAAGAAGACGCAUACAAAUCAAAUCAACGCUUUGAGAAUAUUUUCAACUUUCGGUUCCCCGUGACCAAUAGUUACUAUAAUAAUAAUUUUUUUAUAUUUUAUAUUAUUGAGUUAUCUAUUGGAUUGCCUCUAGCCUACAUGCAUUCAGUGAAUGAAAUUUUUUUUAUUUCACUAUGCUGUGUUAUGAUUGCUCAAUAUGAGAUGAUUCAAAUAGCUUACAAAAAUGUCAACAGUGAACUGAAUUAUGAAAAUAGCAAUAAACACAAAAAUGAUGUUAACAUUAACGAUUGUUAUGAUGAUUUAUUAUCAAUUAUGAAGGAUCAACAAAAACUUUUUGAGAAAUUAAAAUUAUUUCAUUCUACGUAUAAGCUUGUAAUUGUAUCAAAUGUUGUGAUAUAUUCGUGGUCUAUCAUAAUUUUAAUAUAUUCAUCUACUCUGAUAUUAUUUACGUCAUCAGAUUCAAUACCAAUGCUUAGUAUAAUCAAAUUGUUAUCAUCAAUUGGAACCGUUAUUGUUCUUUUACUACUCCUUUGUUAUUUAUUGGAACGCAUUAAUAACAUUAAAGAGUCUGUCCAUUUCGGGAUGUAUAGUUGUAAUUGGACAUCAAUGAAUUUAAGAUCAAGAAAAAUGUUAUUGUUAUCAAUGCAAUUGAAUAAUGCUAAUAAAUUGAUGAUUAAAAUAUCACCGAGAAAAAUCAUCGACCUACAAUUUUUUAACAGCGUGAUAAUCACAUGCUAUAACAUUAUCUCAGCUAUGUUGAAUAUAACUUCUAAAUAAAAAGAAGAUGAAGUAAUAUCAACAAAAUUUCAACAGUCAUUUCGAUUCAUUUUAUUAUUUUAAUUAUUAAUAAUGAUAGUUUAUUUAAUCAUUGUCAAUGAUACAUAUAUUAGACGCAUU